UCGUACUGAACGAGGGGACGCAACGGAGGCAGGCCGGAGCCGCUGCCGUCGCCAUGACCCGCGGUAACCAGCGCGAGCUCGCCCGCCAGAAGAAUAUGAAAAAGCAGAGCGACUCGGUUAAGGGAAAGCGCCGAGAUGACGGGCUUUCUGCUGCCGCCCGCAAGCAGAGUGCCCCAUCAUCUCUACCCCCAGGGACUCGGAGAUCAUGCAGCAGAAGCAGAAAAAGGCAAACGAGAAGAAGGAGGAACCCAAGUAGCUUUGUGGCUUCGUGUCCAACCCUCUUGCCCUUCGCCUGUGUGCCUGGAGCCAGUCCCACCACGCUCGCGUUUUCUCCUGUAGUGCUCACAGGUCCCAGCACCGAUGGCAUUCCCUUUGCCCUGAGUCUGCAGCGAGUCCCUUUUGUGCUUCCUUCCCCUCAGACCCUGAACAUCAUCCUACGGAUGGAGUUGAGGUCCUAAGAAGGAAGGCUGCAAGACCUAAAUUUAUGCCCCUCUUCCUCAUUCUUCCUCAGUUUGUUUGCCUGCUUGGAAGUUGGCCCAGAUCCUGCUGCUCACUGACUUCCCAUGGUUAGCUGCUCUCAAGUGGUCACAUUCUCUUCUGUUCUGUCAUUCCUCAUGUGAGGGUGGUUUUUGUCGUCCCAUUUCCUUUGACCUCAACAUCAGGAUUAAAACCUAGGGUAGUCUCUGUGCUCCUUU